GUUUUAUGUGCCUCAUAUAGCAGAAAUCAGCAGAAAUGUCACUCAACCAAGAACCAACAUUCAACAAUGUGAAUGAGCACAGCAUGGAGCACAGUGUAUAAACGUGAAAAGUGCACGAAAAUAUUGGUGAAGAAAAUGACCCUGAGUGUACACGCUAACGUGUAUUUGUGUUUACCAAAUAUGGAAGGUUAAUUUUAUUCAAAUCAUCGACCAUCCUUUGUUGGGCGUAUACGCCAAAAAAUCUCAAGAUGCAGAAAGCACGAAUCGUGUGAAAAAAACGAUUUCCCUCUUGGCCCCAUUUCUAACAUCACAGUUUCUAGUAAGUUUCGCGUGUUCCUGAUAAAACGUGUUUAGGAUUCACAUGAUGCCUAAAACAGUCAACAUUUCAAAACAAAUUUGCGGAUAAAUUAGGUGACUUUUUGCCUUUAGUUUACUCGAUUUAUAUUAUUUUCCGGCCAGGAAACGUCAAAAAUGAGCAAUAAAUCGGUCCACUCUCAUACAAGAUUUGCAAAAAGAUACGAGUACAGAAAUCUGGAGUUGUGAAAAAGAAGCAAGGAAGAAUUUUGGGAACGAUGCCGAGUUUAAGAAAAUUGAGAAAGUUUAUGCGACAUUUGUCUAUAAGCAACUUGACAGCUGCGGUUGAAAGCAUCGGUCAAGGGGACCACCCCAAUUUGCAGUAUCCGAAAACUGCUCACCAAGAACUUUCAGGAGGUUGCUUUAUUUCUCGAUACUUAAAUGGCCUGGAAACGAAACAAGAGGGACCAGUUAUAAUACAUGGAAGAAGUCCUGAGGAGCUUCCAGCAAAACCAUUGGGGGAUUACGAUAAAGAUGAAAAAGAAUUUGCUGCGAUAACAGGUCCUGAUCGAGGACUUACAACAGUCAAUUUAAAACAAAGACACUUGAGCAUCAGCGAUCCUGAUGUGGAUUACAUUGAUAUCUUGGACCAACCUGAUCAAAAUGGAUCUGAUAAUAGCACAAGGAGCCACGAUCGGUGGCGCACUUUGCAUUCCAACGACUCCUCGAUUUACCCGAUUGACAACAGUUGUGUGAAAAUUCGAGCAGCUGGAAAGCUCUAUGAGCCAGAACCGAAGCAUCUGCAGACAAACCUACUAAAAAAUAAAAUAUACACCAAAGAGUACAAAGGAGAUUCUUUAGAUGUCGACAGCGAUUCAGACGAGAAGCACAAUAAUCUACCCGGCAAUGAUUUCGAGCUCAUCGACAAUCAAGUCUCGACUCUUGAUCAGAUCAGCAAAGGUGUCGAUUUUCAGAAAAAUAACAUCCGAUUCGAAUCCGAAACGCAGAGUCAGUCCUUGCAGGCUGAGAGCUUUGACUCGAGAAUUGAGAAAAAGGUCCAGGAGUCGUUUAAAGAUGGGUUGAAUUGCAACUUGAGCGGACGUGGAGUUCAUUUCGUUUUGCAGAAUGUCUCCAGUGAGGACACGCUGGAUAGUUCAAGUGAAGGAGAUUCGGGAUGUGAUAUUAUACCGCCGCCUUCUGAAUUUGCAUCCGAGAUGAAUCCGCUGAGAAAAUCGAAAAGUGCGCCGGCUCCGUUCAAAAAGUUCAAUAAAGGUGCGGCUCCCGGUACAGAAAUUGCUGGAGUUUCCGGCUGGUUCAAUCCUCAUGAUAUGGCCUAUGGCAUAGCAACGACCCUCUAUGAGAAAAAUCCGACAAGCAAUUGUAAUAAUGGGGAACCAAUUGCUGAUUGCUUUGGCAUGAUUGCUCGUCCUAAUGCUGCUAUUCUUUCCCUCGCGGAUGGAGUUAAUUGGGGACCGAAGGCGAGCAUUGCAGCAAGAUCAGCAGUACACGGCAGUAUCGAGUACUUGAACAAGGCCCUUUUUUCUCCAGUGUUAAACAGUGGAGUGACAACGACCAGAGAUGUAUUUAUCGCCCUACUUCAAUCAUUCCAUGCAGCACAUUCCUUAAUUCUCGAAGAGCAAGGCAUGCUCACCACUCUCACCGUUUGCGUUGUGCUUCCACUGCCCGAAACUCCCUCCAGCUCUAAUUCUUCGGUUAAAAAAUACGUCGCCUGCACUUGCAAUGUCGGCGAUAGUCUCGCUUAUGUCUACUCAAGGAAAACCGGAGUGAGGGAAAUCACUCGAGGUUGCCGGGACAUUCAUUGUAUGCGUGACAUGCGAGACGCCCUUGGAGCUUUGGGUCCAGUAGCAGGGUGCAAUCCGGAGUUGAAAAAUUUGACCCUGGCGAUGACGGAGGUCGAACAGGGCGAUAUCGUUUUCCUAACGAGCGACGGUAUAUCUGACAAUUUCGAUCCUGUCGUUGGGAAAUUCGCUGUUCUGCCAAGCAAUAACAGUGAAAGCUCGAGUGUUGAGAGGCCCGGAAGAGGAGACAGGCAAAAAUCUCGUCGCAAAUCAGUGGAUCACUCUCAAAAGUCCGAGUCUGAGAUUAACAGUGAUUUGCCAAUUGUUGAGGCUUAUCAGAGACACGAGCUGACUUUACUGAGAAUGGAGGAUCUUCUGAGGCGAGGGGUUUCGGGAGAAGGACCUCCUUGCAGCAGCGCAAGACGAUUGUGUGAACUCGUUUUGGAUUUCGCGGUUCGCAUCACAGCUGCCAAGCGUCGAAUUUUGGAAGAUACAGAUUUGUACUAUGCACAACAGAAAGAUGGGGAAUUGGUUCCACUUUCGAAAACAGAGCAAAAAAUUCGUCGCCGCAAAACAAUAGAUAAGAUUUCCAUGGUGCCAGGAAAAUUGGAUCACGCGACUGUGGUUGCUUACAUGGUCGGUUCCUACAAAUCCGAGUCUAAUCAUUAGUUACUUACACCAAAUGUUUCAUUUUCUUACAUACAAGUACCUACUAAAAGAAUUUAUAUACGAUUUUACACGUUUGUAAAAGCCUCUACCAGUAACGUUAAAUUUCACAUAGUUUCAUUUUCCAGAAAAUGAAGAGGAAAAGAGUUGUUUCCCAAGUUGUUAAGUUUUGUACUUUUGUUGUUUUUUUUUUUUUUCAUUUAUAAACUGGAAUGAUUUCUUGGUCGCUAAAGUGCUGAUGAGAUCUCACGAUAAGCAGCUACCGUCGAAUUAACUGAAUCAAUUUAAUGUAUUUUUUACAAAUACGUUUGGAGUGCCAGGCUUGUGAUCGAUUUCGAAUCAAAGAAUCGAAGGUUGAUCGCGUAUUUUAGGACGAAUAAGAAUUCGCUUUUUCUCAGGAAUAGAAAACCAAUAUGAACAGCCAAAAAUUAUAUGCAAAAAAGAGAGAAUAUAUUAUACAACAGAGAAAGUAAAUAGAAUUAGAAUUUAAAACUUUAAACAGUUGAAAACCCGGAGGCUAAAACUGGAGAAAAAAUUAUUCGCUUUGCGAUUUGAUUAAUCCAGAUUGAGAAGUGAUAAUGGCUCGAAUUGAAGUGUAAAAAGUCAUUAAUAAUGCCAUAGUGCUCAAUACAGUCCAAUUUGACAAGAUUUCCACUACUAGGUGAGAUUGUUGAAAAAUAGUACAUACAGAGAUUUGACGAAAAGUAUUUUAUGAGUCCAAAAAUGUAUUGGAAAUUUUUUUUCUCGAAUUUGCAUUCAUAUCUCUUACAAAUUUGUUAGAAUCCACAAAAAAACAUUUUAAAACAUUUAAUUUAAUGUUUUCGCAAGUCCAAUAUGAAGUAACACGUAUUUUCCAUAAAAAAUACGUUUUUGACAAUUUUAUUCAGAAUCGUUAAUAUUCAGUGGACCGGGUUAGAAUUUAACGUUUCUCUUGACAAUUAGAUAUAGAAUACAAAUGAAUAAUCACUUUUUAAAUAUCACCCCAUAAGUUUGUUUUAUAUGGUUUAAAAAAACCCAUAAGUGAAAAAUUGGGUUUUGCGACUUUGGCGCUAAUUUUUUUUUGCGGUUUUUAAUAACUGGUUUUUCUGAAAUUUUUAAUUUUGUUUUCAACUUUACAGUUAGAGUGAGGCAUGAAUCAAUUAAAGUUAACAUAAGUAAUUGUUUAAACCAUUAAUUAUUAUUUAAAAUAAUAUUCUGUUAGAAUAAUGCUAGAAAGUACCUGUUUUUUUUAAUUUUCCAUUUUUUGUCCACUUUUUUGUCCAAAUUUAGUGUGAGUCAAUAAUUAAUUCAAAUUCAGAAGAUUAAUUGUUUAAACAAUUCAUUAUUAUUGUUAAUGAAAUCCUCUUUGAAUAAAGUUCGAAAUCUUCGGUUUUUUCAAACUUUUUCUAAACUUUCCACUUAAAGUGAGCUAAUAAUAAAUGCAAUUUAGCAAACAUAACUGUUCAAGCAAAUUAUUAUGGUCUCUAAUUUGUUUGAACAAUUAUUUUUGUUUAAUUGUAUUAAGUAUUACCUUGCCGUAAGUAAAAAGUGGAGAAAAAGUUGAAUAUUUCAGAAAAUUCGCAACUUUCGGGCAUUAUUUAAAGAGAAUAUUGUUACAAAUAAUAAUGUAUGUUUUAAACCAUUACUUUUG